UCCGGGGCUCAGGGUUGGGUCUUAAAGCACUCUGGAGUCGGCACCGUGCCUGGGGAGCGGGGUUAAGACUGCGGCGAGGCUGGGAGCCGGUCAGAGAGUAGUAUCUCAAGAGUGGGGUUGGAGGGCUCAGCCUCAAGUCGAUCUCGCGCGGAGCUCGUGAGGGCGGAUCCGGGGAGGUGGAGCUUGGACUAGGGAAAGGGGCGGGCCUUGGGGGGGUUCGCUGGAGUCCAGGGGCGGUAACACACUACUUCGGAGGAUCGGGCUAGAGAGGCAGAAAGAGAAACGAAGGGACCCUUCGGCGCGGGAUUCUGGGCGAAGGAGUUUAGGUUACGAGGCCCCAGAAGUUGCGAGGUAGUGGGCGGAGCUGGAGGCUGAGCAGGGUUGCUAGGGGGCGGGGCCAGAAAGGUGGCUAGUCCCGUGCUCGUCACCCCGCCUUCCGCCAAUCCGGACGCCCCGCCCCGACACUUAUUUGUUCAUCCACGAGUCUGGGAACCAAGCUUAUCUGACGGCCCUAAACUCACAGCGUAAAGAUGAAGGCUGACUCGACCUCGAGGACACAAAGACCCACACAGCCUUAGACUCCCACGUCGCACAUAUGUUGACACACCGGCCCUCACAGACACUGUCACACACAGAGAUAGAAACAGCUCUACACACAGGCACAACACCGUGCCCCGUACCCGCAGGCUCUAAGCAGUGGGAUGAGGGUCCCAGCCCGUGGAGCUCAAGCCUCUCCUGCAACACCGCAGAUAAUAUCCGUUCUGUACGUGGUGGUGCUGGAGGUGAGCAGCUCCCUGGCGCAGCCCUCGCUCUUCUACCACCUUGGUGUGCGGGAGAGCUUCAGCAUGACCAACAACGUGCUGCUCUGCUCCCAGGCUGACCUCCCUGACCUGCAGGCCCUUCGGGAGGAUGUUUUCCAGAAGAACUCGGAUUGUGUCGGCAGCUACACCCUGAUCCCCUAUGUGGUGACAGCCGCAGGCCGAGUGCUGUGCGGUGAUGCUGGCCUCCUGAGGGGACUGGCUGAUGGGCUGGUCCAGGCCGGGGUGGGCACCGAGGCCCUGCUUACGCCCCUGGUGGGCCGGCUGGGCCGGCUGCUGGAGACCACGCCUACCGACUCUUGUGGCUAUUUCCGGGAGACCAUCCGGCAGGACAUCCGGAGGGCCCGGGAGCGCUUCUGCGGGGAGCAGCUGCGGCAGGAGCUGGCUCGCUUGCAGCGGAGGCUGGACAGCGUGGAGCUGCUGAGCCCCGACAUUGUCAUGAACCUGCUGCUCUCCUACCGUGACGUGCAGGACUACUCCGCCAUCAUCGAGCUGGUAGAGACCCUGAAGGCCUUGCCCACCUGUGAUGUGGCCGAGCAGCAUAACGUCUGCUUCCACUAUACGUUUGCCCUCAACCGGAGGAACAGGCCGGGGGACCGGGAGAAGGCAUUGGCCGUGCUGCUGCCGCUGGUCCAGAGCGAGGGCUCCGUGGUGCCUGACCUCUGCUGCAUGUGCGGCCGUGUCUACAAGGACAUGUUCUUUAGCUCUGGCUUCCAGGAUGCUGGGUACCGGGAGCAGGCCUACCACUGGUAUCGCAAGGCUUUUGAUGUAGAGCCCAGCCUCCACUCGGGCAUCAAUGCGGCUGUGCUGCUCAUUGCUGCGGGCCAGCGCUUCGAGGACUCUGAGGAGCUCCAGCUCAUAGGCAUGAAACUGGGCUGCCUGCUGGCCCGAAAAGGCUCUGUGGAGAAGAUGCAAUAUUACUGGGAUGUAGGCUUCUACCUGGGAGCUCAGAUCCUCGCCAAUGACCUUGCCCAGGUGGCGCUGGCCGCAGAGCAGCUGUACAAGCUCAAUGCUCCCAUAUGGUACCUGGUGUCCAUGAUGGAAACCUUCCUGCUGUACCAGCACUUCAGACCCACGCUGGAGCUUCCCGAAGGACCCCCGCACCGUGCUCACUUCUGGCUCCAUUUCUUGCUGCAGUCCUGUCAGCCACUCAAGACGGCCUGUCCCCAAGGGGACCAGUGCUUGGUGCUGGUCUUGGAGAUGAAUAAGGUGCUGCUGCCUGCCAGGCUGGAGAUCCAGGGUACCGACCCGGUGAGCGCAGUGACCCUGAGCCUGCUGGAGCCCGAACCCCAGGACGUUCCCUCCAGCUGGACCUUCUCAGUGGCUUCCAUCUGCGGGGUCAGCUCCUCCAAGCGGGAUGAGCGCUGCUGCUUCCUCUACGCGCUGCCCCCGGCGCAGGACGUGCAGCUCUGCUUCCCCAGCGUCGGGCACUGCCAGUGGUUCUCCGGCCUGAUCCAAGCCUUGGUGACGAAUCCGGAUUCCACGACUCCCGGGGAAGAGGCAGAGGGCGUGGGGGAGGUGCUGGAGUUUGAUUAUGAGUACACAGAGACGGGUGAGCGACUGGUGCUGGGCAAGGGCACCUACGGGGUGGUGUACGCGGGCCGCGAGCGGCACACGAGGGUGCGCAUAGCCAUUAAGGAGAUCCCGGAGCGGGACAGCAGGUUCUCUCAGCCCCUGCAUGAAGAGAUUGCUCUGCACAAGCACCUUCGCCACAAGAACAUCGUGCGCUACCUGGGCUCCACCAGCCAGGACGGCUACCUCAAGAUCUUUAUGGAGGAAGUGCCUGGAGGCAGCCUGUCCUCCUUGCUGCGGUCGGUGUGGGGCCCCCUGCAGGACAAUGAGAGCACCAUCAGUUUCUAUACCCGCCAGACCCUGCAGGGACUCAGCUACCUGCAUGACAACCACAUAGUGCAUCGAGACAUCAAGGGGGACAAUGUGCUGAUCAACACCUUCAGUGGGCUGCUCAAGAUUUCUGACUUCGGCACCUCCAAGAGGCUGGCGGGCAUCACACCUUGCACUGAGACCUUCACAGGGACCCUCCAGUAUAUGGCACCAGAAAUCAUUGACCAGGGCCCACGAGGGUAUGGGAAGGCAGCUGACAUCUGGUCACUGGGCUGCACUGUUAUCGAGAUGGCAACAGGUCGCCCCCCCUUCCAUGAGCUAGGGAGCCCACAGGCGGCCAUGUUUAAGGUGGGCAUGUACAAGGUGCAUCCGCCAAUGCCCACUUCUCUGUCAGCGGAGGCCCAAGCCUUUCUUCUCCGAACUUUUGAGCCAGACCCCCGCCUCCGAGCCAGUGCUGAAGCACUGCUGGGGGACCCCUUCCUGCAGCCCGGGAGGAGAAGCCGCAGCCCCGGCUCCCCACGACAUGCACUGCGGCCCUCAGAUUCCCCUUCAGCCAGCCCCACUCCUUCAGCUGACCCAACCACCCAGCCCCAGACAUUCCCACGCCCUCAGGCACCCUUUCAGCACCCACCCAGUCCCCCGAAGCGCUGCCUCAGUUACGGAGACACCAGCCAGCUCCGGGUGCCUGAGGAACCGGGGGCCGAGGAGCCCACGUCCCCUGAGGAGAGUUCCAGGCUGAGCCUGCUUCACCAAGAGAGCAAGCGCCGGGCCAUGCUGGCCGCAGUGCUGGAGCAGGAGCUGCCCUUGCUGGCGGAGAGUCUGGGCCUGAAGCAGGAACAGGGGCCCCAGCUGGGCAGGAAUCAUGUGGAACAGCUACUGCGCUGCCUCGGGGCGCACAUCCACACUCCCAACCGCCGGCAGCUGGCCCAGGAGCUGCGGGCGCUGCAAGGGCAGCUGCGGGCCCAAGGCCUCCGGCCUGCACUUCUGCAAGGACCGCUCUUCGCCUUCCCGGACGCGGUGAAGCAGAUCCUCCGCCGGCGCCAGAUCCGCCCACACUGGAUGUUUGUGCUGGACUCGCUGCUCAGCCGAGCGGUGCGGGUAGCCCUGGCCGUGUUGGGCCCAGAAGAGGAGACAGAGGAGGUACCACCGAGGUCAGAGGAGGAACCCCAGUCCAAGCAGCAGGAAACCAUCAGUCGGCCCCCGGGGGAACCAGAGAAGGCACCCCCAACCCCAGUGGUGCAGCUGGGCCUCUUGCGAGCAGAGACUGACAGGCUCCGAGAUGUCCUGGCCCAGAAGGAGCGAGAGUGCCAGGCCCUGGUGCAGCAAGCUCUGGAGCUGGUAAACAGGGAGGCGGGGACCUGCGCCUUGUCCCCAGAGCCCCCUGCUGCUCUCACGGUGGACCAGGGCUUGGUGCAGUGGCUACAGGGACUGAAUGUGGAUUCAGGCACUAUCCAGAUGCUGCUGAAUCACAGCUUCACCCUCCGUAUCCUGCUGACCUGUGCCACUCGAGAUGACCUCAUCUACACCCGCAUCAGGGGAGGAAUGGUGUGCCGCAUCUGGAGAGCCAUCUUGGCCCAGCGAGCAGGAUCCACGCCAGUCACCCCUGGCCAACAGGAGGCUGAAUGAGAGCUCAGAGACAGAAGGCAGGACCUAAGGAUGGCUGCAUAGAGAAGACACCAAGCUGCUUCUGAUACACCUCACCUACCCCAGGACUCAGGGCCAACUGGAGGAGGCCAGACGGGUGGGGGCAGGGUAGGGCCCAGACUUAGCGAUAUUGGGGGGGAUCAACCAUAGAGAUACCCCCAAGCUGAUCAAGUAUGGCCAGGCAGACUAUUAAACAGAGUA